UUAAAAAAAACUCAUUCAAAAAAGGAAUAAAUAAGGCAAAAAAAAAUUUAAAGUCUGAUAUAGAGGUAUGGAUAAACUGGCGACUUGUCCGGGAUGCUUUCCUUUUUAUAGCUUUUAUGAUCUAAGUUUUUGAGAAAGUGGAUGGAAGGAUAUCUAAAAUUCUUUGAGAUGUCCAGCAGUAUAUUACAUCUGUUUUAUCUUCUUGCAAACAAAUUUUUUAAUGUAUUUGCAUGAAUGGUUCAGGGUUAUUUUUAAUCAAGAACCUAAUGUUUAAAUUUGAGGCAACGGGAAAAGCGUGCAGAUCAAAAAUAAAUUUUUCAUACCCUCAAGUCAUUUUCUUUUAAGUCAAACAUUUUGUCCAGGAAAUUGUGAAAUUCUGUUCUUUGGUCUUUCAGGAAACUUUCAGUGAAGGGUCGCUUUACACAAGCUUCAAGAGGCCAUUUGGAAAUAGAAGUGAAUAUGACACCAGAAGAAAGACGAAAAUGCAACUGUGAAACAAACCGAAUAUGAAGACCAACGUAUCUCAUAAUGAAGCUUAAUAAUAUUUGGUGCACAAUGCAGUAAACGUUUUCUGAUAGGGUUAAAUGUCGUGUUAUUUCGUUUGAGAUGAACUUACAGUUUCGAAACUUCCGACAGCACGUGAAGGCUUGAUAACGCAACCUUACGUCGAAACAGGAAGUGUCUGCGGUGCGCGCUGUAGCUGAAAGUAGGAGUUUCGCCGCUCGAUUCACUCUAAACUCACAGUGGGGGUUUUUUGUAGUUUUUUUUAGUUGCUCUGCACGUGAAAUGGUUUGGCUUGUUUGUUAGAGAAAAACAACCAGCGAAAGUGUCAAAAGCAAAUAUGCAGACGGAGGAUGAGGAUGAGGCGUCCUGUGAGGAGUACGUUGCCCGGUCAGAUUUCACUGGAAGUAGCACCGAUCAGCUUAGUUUCAGCAGAGGGGACAGACUGCUCGUGCACGCCAAGCCCUCCUCAGAGUGGUGGUGGGCAGAGCUGCAGGGGGUCAUAGGUUAUGUCCCUGCCAGCUACAUGAGCCAGGAUGCUGCAGGGGAGGAGGAGGAGGACCCCUCAAUAGAAGACCCGUGGCAAGAUGAAGAAUACUUUGGCAAUUAUGGAACGCUGAGGCUUCACCUGGAGAUGCUGUCAGACAAGAGCCGCACUGAGGCAUACCGGCAGGUUAUUCUCAGCAACAGUGCUUCUCUCAGCAGCAAGAGGGUAAUGGACCUCGGCUGUGGGACUGGCAUCAUCAGUCUGUUCUGCGCUCAGUUGGCACGCCCCUCAAUGGUGUAUGCUGUGGAGGCGAGCUCAAUGGCAGAGUACACCAGGCAGCUGGUGAAGCAGAACGGCUAUGAUGAGGUGGUCACGGUGCUUCAGGGGCGGGCUGAGGAGAUCGAGCUGCCUGAACAGGUGGACGUCCUGGUUUCUGAGUGGAUGGGUAACUGCCUUCUGUUUGAGUUCAUGGUGGAGUCAGUUCUGCUGGCCAGGGACCGCUGGCUUAGAGAUGGUGGUACGAUGUGGCCCUCCUCUGCGGCCCUCACCUUUGUGCCAUGUCAGGCCGACAGCUAUUAUGCCGAGAAAAUGGCCUUCUGGGAGCGGCCAUAUGGCCUCGACUUCACUCCUCUUCAGCCUUUGGCACAGCAGGAGUUCUUCACCAAGCCCAAGUUCAGCCACAUCAUUGAACCAUGUGACUGCCUCGCUGCUCCUUGUGAUGUCAUCUCCCUCGACAUGUACACUUUACAAGUGGGAGACCUCGAGGAAAUGAAGGGUCAGUUUCAUUUUUGUGUGGAGAAGUCUGGAGUUUUCCAUGGAUUCACCGCCUGGUUCACUGUUUGCUUCGAGAGCCUGGAGGCAGGAGGCGCAACUGUGGAGCUAAACACUGGCCCCAACUCUGGGCCAACACACUGGAAGCAGACAUUGUUCAUGCUAGACAGGCCAGUAAGUGUAUGCGCAGGAGACUCGAUCAGUGGAACCAUUGUCCUCCAGAGAAAUCCUGUCUGGAGGCGCCACAUGACCGUUACCCUGCACUGGACCAUUAAAGGGAGCACAGACAAUCCAGACAACUCCCAGGCUGGAACAAAGAGUUUCCCCAUGUGGAGGUGACACAUAUUCGCUCAUCACCGGUGGAGAUCUAAAAUAGAAAAACAGUCUAAUAAAAUUAAACUGUUCGGCUGUGAGACUGCUGCUGAAGCGGACUGGUGUGUUGCUCACAUGUUGCAAUGAAUGUGCCAGAGGAAUGCCUGCUAUCAUAGUGAUGAGCCCGAUUGCUGCAAUCACACCACCCUAAGAGCACGUUUACUGCU